AUGUCGACUCCUGCAUCAGUCGCAGGUUCCUCCAACAGACGGCAGCCGAAAAAAUCCAAGGACCAGCAGCAGGCAGGAACCGACAAAGCAGGAGCAAGCAGGACGAUCACGAAGGCUGUUCUCGCGAAUCCUCUAAUCGUGCCAUGGCCCAGCAUACCGAAGCAUCUGCAAGCUACGGUACUUGCCAAUCUUCCCGCGUUCGUCCCGUCCGAUAUCGCGGCUUACCAUACCGACCGAGCGAGAUGUCAUCAGACGGAGAAGCGGAGACGCAAGAGCCACGUCAAGGAGGCGGCGAGCAAGGACGCGGAGGGAGUAAAGGCGUCAGUGGCAGAAGAGAGCGUUGGAGAUGCUGCGGGCGCAGUACCUGCAGCGAGCAAGGAGGAAACUGCAGCAGAUGGAAAGGCGAAGAAGCAGGCGCCAACGGAGCACAGCGACGAGCCAGCCUCAAAGAAGCUAAAACCCACUGUAUCCCAUCCACCGAACGUUCAGACCCCCUCUGUCCGUCCCGACAAGCCAGCGAUGCUCCCACACCUCGUACUCGGCAUAAACGAGGUGAUCAAGUCGCUCGAGGCACAAACGGACGCGCUUCGGCUGCGUGUCAUCCGGAUAGGGGACGCGCUGGCGGAUCAGCAGAAGGGUGGGAAGGAGACGCGGAUGCUCCUGCCUACUGCACCUCCUCGGGAGGAUGAUGAGUCGGAAGAGGAGGAUGAGGUGGAUAUGGAGGCUGAGGGACCGGCAGAGGACGCGGCUAUGGGACCCCCACCUGAUACCGCUCCUGCCGCAUCGACUUCCACGUCUGAUCCCCCGACAGAUUUCUCUUCGGCGUCUUCACCACCUGCACCUGUCGAAUGGAUCAUCAUCCCCCUCUUAUCCAUCUCGCCAGCCUCGCUCGUCUCUCCCAUCCCCGCCUACUGCGCCACGUACAAUACGCUAGUAUAUCAACAUACGCAUAUCUCCAAGAUCGCCCGGACUCGGCUGAAGGCCUCGGAGGCGGAGGAGGUCGCAGGCGGACCGGUGGAGGAGGUUAGGGUGGUACCUCUAGGCAAAGUGGAGGAGGAGUUGGCGGCGUUGGUCGGACUGCGGAGGGUCGCAUGUCUCGGUGUCAGGUCGAGCCAUCCACAAGUGCAGACUCUUCACAAACUCCUGCCCAAAUCGAUCCUACAUCCACCGCGACAUUCCCUCACUCUCCCCUUCCCCACCUCGGCGCUCACCGUCACUUCAGCCCCCACGCUACCCUUCGACCCCGCUACAGCUACUACAUCCGCGGAUAUGCCAAAACCAGCCCCUCCCGCCCAGACCAAGCGGACCAAGGCCGAUGCUCUCCUCCCCCAUAUACACUACGCCCCGCUGCAUGUCAAGGGCAUCACUACGACCAUCCCGGCGGACGGGAACGCCAAAAAGCAGAAAAGGAUGGAGGAGGUCCGGGCGAAGCGCAGAUCAGCGAAAGAGAAGAAGAAGCUGGCAAGGGCCGCAGCCAAGUGA